CCUGCCUGAGCCAGCUCCACGUUGAAGGCUCUCAGAGCCAGAGAGGAGCGACGCGCCUCCUCCGGGAGGAGGAUGGACGACAGGAAGCCAUCGUAGUCUCUGGACCUGCGGAGAUGAAGCAGCAGACUGAAGACUGCGCGGCUAAAACAAGACAGUUACUACGUGCUUGGUCCAGGAUCGGAGUUGUUUCCAAAAGUCACGAGCGCGACUGAACGACUCACCGAACCAGGUCCAGACAGUAGUUCUUCUCGUCUUGUUCCGGUGUUUUGCUACUGGCACGUCUGUGACUCAGGACAUUAGUCCCUCUUUGUACCCAAAAAGAACAUGCUGAUGUCAUACGAUACAAAUGUGACGCCAUUGGGUAAAACAUCAAGGUUUUACUGAGAGGGCGCGCGCCGGCUGCCGCCAUGUUGUUACCGUCACCUUCCAGUCGCACAGGAAGCAGUCAUCAGUGGCCACCCCCGUUAACUUCAUACAUUAAAUCGUUAUAGCAGCUGCUAAAACACGAAUUGAUCAAACAGGUUUUCUGGUGAAACGCAUCAUUGAGCAGACAAUAUAUGCAAAAACAGUCAAACUUAUAUCAACUUCAAGGUCAAUUAUUUGAUUCAAAAGCUAAAAACAAACGGUGUCACCGAAGGAAGGGUCUGUGCUGUUGCAUUUGAUAUAUAUUAACAUUAUCAAUACGUCACCGCUAUGCUUUUAUUUUGUUUGGCCGACCGGAUAUAGCGUGUGUUUGCUUCGUAGCGGAGGAGAUGGGAGACCGAGUGGAGCGCUUCUGUUUCACUCUUAACUUAUGGCAGAGAAGUUUCCCUGCGUGUGGCCACUACUGCUGCUGUGUGCCCGGCUUGUUUGGGCUGGUUUGCCUCGAGGGUCAGUGGUGAAUGAUGAGUUGCUGCCGUACGGCGAUGGUCACCACGGCCCCCGACACUCAAACCGCCAUGUCAGAGACUGUCAGCCUGUAGCCCACGGCAACCUUACUCAUGAGCGCUGGACCGCUGCCCACCAAAGCGGACGUCCAGUAUCACAUGUGUUUGUGACCAACGUGCUUGGAACCACCAGACAAGUUUAUGGACACAUGACCACUGUCCUGGACCCGCUCAACUGGGUGUCAGUGCUGGAGCCCAAGGGUCCAGGUGGCUGUGGAAUGAACCAGCGAGCCUCAGUGGAGGAGACUUCUGCUCCUGCCAGUUGUGUUUUUUCUCAGAACGCGGGAUUCUUCAACACCCACUCGGGGGCGUGUCUUGGUAACGUGGUGAGCGACGGGAGGCUGGUCCAGGACAGCGGUGGAAUCCAGAACGCCCAGUUUGGAAUCAAAAAGGAUGGGACCCUGGUGUUCGGUUAUCUGUCCGAGGAUGAAGUUCUGGAUCAGUCCAACCCAUUUGUCCAGCUGGUCAGUGGCGUGAUCUGGCUGCUGAGAGACGGAGAAGUUUACAUCGAGCAGAGUCUGGAAGCAGAAUGUGACAAGUCCCAGGAAACCGGUCUCCUUCGUCACUUUGUGGAUGUGGUGUCAGCCCGAACCGCCGUGGGUCACGAUGCUGCUGGAAGGUUGAUGCUGUUCCAGAUUGAUGGGAAAACUGGCGAGCGGGGCGAAUGUGUCAGAGGUCAGUACUUCAGUCUGAUGGGUGACAGGAUGAAUCUGUGGGAGGUUGCAAACUUCCUCAAGGAGAACGGUGCCAUCAACGCCAUCAACCUGGAUGGGGGCGGAUCCUCCACCUUUGUUGCCCGUGGGUCAUUGGCCAGUUACCCCUCUGAUCUCUGUGAAGACGACAAAAGGUGGCGCUGUGCUCGUUCUAUAUCCACCAUCUUGUGUGUGCGGCCGCCCCCUUGUGAGCAGAACUGUAGCAGUCAUGGCGACUGCCUGGACGGGCAGUGCCGCUGUUGGGCCGGCUGGACUGGCCCAGCCUGUGAUGCCCUGCGCUGCCGCUUGGACUGUGGUGCCCACGGAGUCUGCACUGCCGGAGGUUGCGUGUGUGAUGCAGGAUGGCGAGGGAAGAACUGCACUGAAGUGUGCCACCCUUCCUUCUAUGGCGAGGGCUGCAGUCUGGUGUGUCGGUGCUUGAAUGGCGGCUGGUGCGAGCACGUGCACGGACGCUGCACAUGUCCUCCUGGCUUCUACGGUGACGCCUGUCAAACAGUUUGUCCAGCUGGGUUCUUCGGUGUCUCGUGUGCACAGCGUUGUAGAUGCGAGGACCAUUGUCCGUGUGACCAUGUGACAGGAAGCUGUAACUUCACAGCGCGAGGAGCCAAUGACACACUGUACUCAGCUGGGCUGUGCCUGGCCAAGCAGAUGAGACGGGAUGCAGAGUCUGCUGGAUGGAGUCACCUGAAUGAGUCCACGUGGCUGGCCAUCACCGUUGCCCUCUCGUGCCUGCUGGCUAUCAGCCUGCUAACUCAUCUCCUGCGGACGUGUCGCGGCACACUUCGAGUCCCACGCCGGCACGACUAUAUGUAUGUUCCCCUGAGUGACAUUCAUGAGCGUCCCAAGUCCAAGGCUCUGGACCAUGGUGCCGGUGACUCAGAAUCCCAGGACGAACAGUGGCUCAGGGGCGCCCCCACCAGUCAGCUGGAGAGACUAUCCAGUCACGCAGCAUCACCUGAUGACCUGGUGAACGGGUGAUGGGAGGGAAGGAGCGAAGUGUGACAUUUCAGAACGUGACACACUUGCAGCAAGACGAGUUCGACAGGAGUCUCGUCGGGUCUUGAGCCUUUGACCUUAGGUGGAGGAGAAUGUUUCUUCUCAGAGCUUGAGUUUCAACGUUCUGCAAGCGGGUUACAUGCCUGCACACACUGCAUUGAAACACAAACAUUAGGUGACCAAAUGUGAAGGCCAUUGACCUAGAUGACGCAGUCACCUCUAUCUCUCCCUGUCACUGCCUACUAUGAGACGCAAGUAUUGACUGCUGUGGACAGAACAACCUGUUGCACAAACACACUGACCCACACCCACAUCAGCCUAGUGUGCUGAUGUAAGGUGGAGUUCUGAAGGUCGCCUUAUCGCUUCAGUUAUGUCAGCACAGAUGUGUGACCUCGUUCUGAAGAGGAAAAUAUGUACUCAGCGGCUCCCCUACAUUUUCCAUGAGCUGACUCUGGAGGUUCGGUUGGCAAUGAGGUCCACGGGACCGCGCCUCUUCAGCCUUAUUCAACGGGUUUAAAUCGGGGAUAUAGUGUGGAUCUGUUCGGCAAACUUUCAAAGCUAUUGGCACCGGGUCAUCUUUUCUUUACUCUUUAAUUUGUGUGAAUAAACUUAAAAAGAGGUUGAACAUUUGUCGAGUUCCCUCAGUUCAAAA